AUGGAACUUCGCGGAAGCGACCGGAGGGUGACGAGGAGUUUGACACCGGAUGUAAGACUUGUGGUGUGGAAAACCAACUAUGAAUCUAGUUUUGAUCCCAGUUUAUAUGAAUAUAAGAAUGACUCGGGAACCAAAGUUAAAUUAAUCGAAGCUGUUAAAAGUUUAUUAUAUACGAGGUGUACAGAUGUAUGCCCUUGCUCGGAGACGAGCACAAGAUCCCCACAUUUGAUGCAAGUUCUCCCAGGAUUUGCCGAAGACCAUUUGACUGAGGAAACCACCUGUGAAGGCAUCACCAGCACCAUUGGUGUCAACCUAUCUGUUCCCUGGACAGCUCGGUGGACUGAAACCAUAGUGGACCUUGGUCCCUUCGACUAG